GAAGAAAAUAAGAAAAUAUAGAGUUGAUCACGUCUUCGAUCUCUUAAAACCAUGACCAACCUCACUUAAAAGAAGAAAAUAAGAAAAUUUACUGCGUAGUAUCUAAAACAGGUCUAUUUUGAUACCAUGUGAAAUACAGAGUCAAGAAAUGAGUAGAGGAAAGAGAUAUCCAAAUUCUAUAAAUAAGUUGAUAGUCUAGUGGUUGACUGGUGGAACUCAUCAACAUAAAUCAUAAUACCUCUUGUGAAUCUAGAGCAGUGAGUUGUUAGUUGUUCAAGACUUGGUUCAUUUGGCGUGGCCCGACCCAACAAAUACCCACCAUUGAUUAAUCAUGGAAACAUCAGCAGACCAAAACUCAGCCGGAAUCUUAUCAGUAUUCCAUUGCAUACUGACAUGGUCCUUUGCGGUUUCUUCAAACAAACAUACAGAUCCUGAAGGGAAGUUGAAGGGGGAGAAGAUCCAAGCAAUGAUAGACAUCUACAGACACAUGAAGAAUUUACGUUUAACCAUUCACGGAAUCGAAAACCCAGAUUUCAUCAGCAUCUCUGAAGUCUCAAAACCCUUCUACGUGUUCUCCGAAAUGUCAAAAGAGAAUUGGAAUGAAGAGCUUCGUUCUUUGAUGGGAGAAAUAGUUAAUAUGCGAGAUGUUCUCAAGGGUAUCAAAGAACGCCUACAAAGUACAAACAUAAGCAAGUGUAGUACUUUAUUUGGUGUCGAAAAUGGCAGCCAACCGAAAAAUAUAAUCAGUUUAUUAACAGUUUGGUAUUGGUUAGCUGCUUGGUCCUCCCCUGAUCAGCCGGAAAAUGGUGGUGCUAAAUAUGAGUUUGUGGAGGCGAUUGAGGCGAAUGAUAAGAUGUUGGGGUUUCUUAUGGUGAAUACUUCCCCGAUUCACCCCGUAGAGGAACAAGAGCUUCAAGUUCUCUUCGCUAAGCUCCUUCAAAUGCUGAAAUCUGAUCAUCUGUUUUGGUUGGAUAUCUUGAAUCGAUUCACUGAUAAAAUGUUAUCUAAAUCAGAAGCUCCUGAAACACUGAUGACGACUCCUGAUGCACCGGUGACGACUAGUCUUGAAACUCCGGUGACUCUGCCGAUACAUCUGAAAUACAAAGGUGUGUUGGGGAACGUAUUAGGAGGUGGCAAUUGGGGAAACACAACCAUUUUCUGGCCGAGCGUAGCAGCGAGUGUGUUGGGGGGCAUUAUAGUUGAAGGGAUCAAAUAUCUUUUUUCAAACCCUGAAUUGUUAGAGGCGGCAGUAGAGGGUGGAUUGUCGUUCGCUUCUUUCCAUUAGUCGAGUACUCGAGUCUAUGGCACAAAGAUUGCAAGGCAUAAAGAUAGGUUGUUUUUUUGGUCACUUUUUCCUAUCACGGCCAACAAAGUGACCUUCAAAAUAAGUAACGUUCAACAUAUUCACUAUGUAUUCUACUCUAUUUGUUUCUUUUUGUUCUUUAUGUUUGGUCUUUUGCACGUUUAUUAGCGAAUAAUUAAUGUGCAUUGAGAUUUCUCUAUUUUUUUAUUUAAACAAGAAAAAUUACGUUUAUUUAUAAUAU